AUGGGUGGCCCUUGGCUUCUUGGUGAGACAUAUCUUACAGUCCAUAUAUGGUGUAAGGGUUUUAACCCGUGGAAAGCAGAAGUAUCUUCAACGAUGAUAUGGGUGCAACUCCCUGAACUGCCAAUAGAAUUUAUUAACAAGGAGGCAGUGGUACGGAUUGCGAAAGCGAUAGGGAACCCCAUCCGUGUUGACCGUGCAACCGAGUUGGGUGCGAGAGGAAAGUUUGCGAGAGUAUGUGUGGAGGUGGAUUUGACCCAGCCAUUGCUUUUUCACAAUACAAAAUCGAGGGAUUCACUUACUUGA